UGUCUCUAAACUUUUCCCUCCAACACACCACCACCACCAUUCAUCCUUCUUCUCUCUCUUCCAUCACCACAACCAUCCACAAAUCCACCCUUCUACAUUUCAUUCACUGACUUUUCUCUCUCAAUUUCCAAAUAAAAAAACAACCAUGCCCCGCUUGAAACAGCCGAUAAUCCCGAAGCAGAUUUACCCCUCUGACCCUCCACCCCCUUCCACCACCCCACUAACCACCGACCUGCUCCCCCACACCUUCACCACCCCGACGAAAACGACGGUGGAGUUCUUCGAAGCAGGCGAGGCUCUGUUGUUAUUGGGAUCCGCCAAAGGGUCCUCCGCAGGGAAACAGCAAGAAGAAAGGGAGGUCAACUCCAGGACCCCAGUUGGCCAAGGAAUCCUGCGCCGCACCCCAAAGAAACCCGACGCCAAGCGGAAACUCGACCUCGACUCCCAUCCCUCCUCCACCACUAAUUCCAGCAAAAAAACCCGGAUCGACUCCUCCCUCUCCGCACUGACAAAACGCUUCGUGACUCUAAUCCCCGAGGGCGGCGGAAGCCUCGACCUAAACUCUGCCGCAAAGUCCCUGCAGGUCCAGAAAAGGAGAAUCUACGACAUCACCAACGUCCUCGAGGGGAUUGGUGUACUCACGAAAAAGAGCAAAAAUAACAUUCAGUGGAGCGACAAAUUAUCUACUCCCACUACGCACCCCUCCACCCGAGCCUCCGAACUCCGCCGGCUCCAGGAGUCCAUCUCUGUCCUCGAACAGCACGAGGACAAACUCGAUAAUUGGUUGUUGACCCUGGAGAACAAUUUAAAGUCCUUUUCGGAUGAUAAGCGAUGGGGGUACUUGACCCAUGCGGAUAUCCGGUCGAUCCCGCAGUAUAAGGAGAUGACGUUGUUGCUUAUCAAGGCACCGCCGAGCACGAGCUUGACCGUGCCCCCGAAGGAGGAGGGCCUGCAGAUGCACCUGAAAUCCGAGGGUGGGGAGAUUGGGGUGUAUCUCUGUCCGGAGGGGAGGGAGAUGGAGUUGGAGGCGGUGGGGAGUAGUAAUAGUGAGAUCGCGACGACGAGUUCCGCCACGUCCGAUCAGUUUGACCUCUCCCUCUCCAAAUUCCUGGAACUCGAAGAGCUCGACGAGAACCUAGAGAACCAUCCCCAACCAAACUCCACUUCCUCCUCCGCAGCCGGGACGUCCUUGUACCCCUUCGCCUACGCCAACGACGAGGGGUUGUCCAAUCUGUUUAUUUAUUGAGUUUUUUCUAUUUUUAUUGUAAUUUUUGUGAGUAAGGAGUGCAUGAAAUAUAUAUUUAAUUGUUUGGA